GCUCUGCAGAGCUGGGAGGGGCAGGAGGAGGCCGUGCUCAGGUUUUCCUGGACAUGUCUCAGGAGCACUAGUGUCUGUGUGUGCAUGAGGGUGGUUUGGGCAUUUCUUCGUUCAUAUGUGUGCGUCACAUCACCUGUGAACACAUGUGACUGUCCCCAAGUCCCUGUGGGCGGAUGUGUGUCCCCCGUUGGAGUCUGCCAACCAACCCUGAGGUGCCCUUGUGGGCGUGUGUCUCUGUGUUGUGUCCCUGUCUGGGCACAUGCCUUCAUGCCCCCUGUGUGUCUGCGUGUGCACACAGCCUGUGUCCUUACGUGUGUGCACGUGUGCCUCAGCGUCUGCAGCCACUGGGGGUCUGCGUGCCUACUUGGGCUGCACCCGCUGUGCUCUGAGUCCGUGUGGGUGUAUGCCCUGCACUGUGGUCACUUGUUUCUGUACCCGGUUCCAGGUGUUACACAGAGUGAUUUUUCAGGGCAGCAAAAUGGAGUCCCUUUUUCCUGGCCCGCUCUGGGAGGUCCUCUACAGCAGCCACCUUCAGGAAAACCUGUCCCUCCUGAGUUCCAACCACAGUGUGCUGCCCCCCCACCUGCUGCUCAAUGCCAGCCAUGGCUCCUUCCUGCCCCUUGGGCUCAAGGUCACCAUCGUGGGGCUUUACCUGGCUGUGUGCAUUGGGGGGCUGCUGGGGAAUUGCCUCGUCAUGUACGUCAUCCUCAGGUAGGCUGGGCCCCACAGGGUGUGUGUCUGUGAGUCCUGCACAGUUGCAGAGUGGGACACUAAGACAGGAGGCUGUUCGGGAUGGACCUGAGGAGAUGGAGAUUUCUUGCUUCCCCCAUUAAAUUCCUUUUCUCCCUGUCCAGUGAGCAGGUCCAUUCUGAAGCCCUGGCUGCUCUAUCCCUUCCCCAGCCCAUCUGUCCAGAUAGUGACAUCACCACCCAGAUCCUGGUCUGAGCUGUGUCGAGCCGUCUUGACCUCAGGGGCUCCAUGCGACCUCAGGAGUUGGCCCUCCUAGAUGGGAGAGGGUUGAGUGGACUGCAGACAGUAAGUGGCGUCUCCAGGAGCCCUGGGGGACUUGAGCAGGACGUCGUGAAACAAGCAAGGUUCUUACUGGUUCAGGACGUGCUUUCCGACCCAGAAAGAGCUCUGUUCCAGGUGCUUGGAUACAAUCCGACCCUGUGAGCUUUCCUCUUGUCCCUGCCGUCACUUCCUGUUUCCAUUGGUAGACAACAGUGUGGACUAGGAGGCACACCAAGAUGAAGACAGCUACCAACAUAUACAUUUUUAACCUGGCCCUGGCAGACACGCUGGUCCUGCUGACGCUGCCCUUCCAGGGCACAGACAUCCUACUGGGCUUCUGGCCAUUUGGGAAUGCCCUGUGCAAGACGGUCAUCGCCAUUGAUUACUACAACAUGUUCACCAGCACCUUCACGCUGACGGCCAUGAGUGUGGACCGCUAUGUGGCCAUCUGCCACCCCAUCCGUGCUCUUGAUGUCCGCACAUCCAGCAAGGCUCAGGUUGUCAACGUGGCCAUAUGGGCCCUGGCCUCCGUGGUUGGCGUUCCCGUUGCCAUCAUGGGCUCAGCACAGGUGGAGGAGGAAGAGAUCGAGUGUCUGGUAGAGAUCCCCGCGCCGCAGGACUACUGGGGCCCUGUGUUUGCUGUCUGCAUCUUCCUCUUCUCCUUCAUCAUUCCUGUGCUCAUCAUCUCUGUCUGCUAUAGCCUCAUGAUCCGGCGGCUGCGUGGUGUCCGCCUGCUCUCAGGCUCCAGAGAGAAGGACCGGAAUCUGCGGCGUAUCACUCGGCUGGUGCUGGUGGUGGUGGCUGUGUUUGUGGGCUGCUGGACGCCCGUGCAGGUCUUUGUGCUGGUCCAAGGGCUGGGUGUCCAGCCAGGCAGCGAGACCGCUGUGGCCAUCCUGCGCUUCUGCACAGCGCUGGGCUACGUCAACAGCUGUCUCAACCCCAUCCUCUAUGCCUUCCUGGAUGAGAACUUCAAGGCCUGCUUCCGCAAGUUCUGCUGUGCCUCAGCCUUGCACCGGGAGACGCAGGUGUCUGACCGCGUGCGGAGCAUCGCCAAGGAUGUGGCCCUUGCCUGCAAGACUUCUGAGCCGGUGCCGCGGCCCGCAUGACUAGGCGUGGACCUGCCCAUGGUACCUGUCAGCCCACGGAGCCCGUCCACACCCAACACGGAGCUCACACAGGUCACCGCUCUGUAGGCUGUGCUGAGCACCUUUAGCUGCAGAGGGCUUUCCCUUUGGCCCAUGAUGCUCGUCCCAGAGGAGGACCUGAGUGACAUCAUGGGCAGAGUGCCCAUCGAGGAUGGUGGCUGCCUUUCCCUCUGUGGCCUCUAUCAGACUAAGCCACCCCACUGGUGUGGGGCCAGAAGGGAGGCAAGAACGCUGCCUAGAAGUGUCCGCUGCACUGUGGACACCUCCAAGAGGACCUGCUGCACACACUGCUGUGCUCCGUGAUCCCUCCAGCCACUCCCCUCUGUCAGCUGAGCCUUGGUGCUCGAGGUGGGCUCCUGCCAGGAACAGCUGCGGCUCUGCUGUCAUGUGCAUCCCACAUGCUAUGUGCUCUUUGCGUGGCAGGGCUCUGACUGCCCAGGGCCACUGGACAGGCUUGGCACUGCCCCAUAUUGUAGUGGGCAGCAUUUCUCUGUGGUGGGACUGGCCCUGAUCCCAGAGCUGCCACCGGGAGCCCUUGCUUGUUCUGAGUCCACCUGAGCCGCCAGGGCUACCCUAGGAGGUAUACAGCAGGCUGUCAGUCUUGGCUGCAGGUCCCAUGUGGGUCCCGGCCCAGUUGCUUUCUCAGUGUUCUUGUGCUGCAAUGCAUAGCCUGUGGGUUGAGACCUGCCUCGGUGCUGCCACCGCCUGCUCUUCCCAACGGUGGCUCUGCCCUGAGUCUGACUCCCACGUCCCUUCCUAAGGCCAAUGGGAGGCCUGGCCCCAGCAGCUUUUCAGGGGCUCUUGCCCUCCAGAAGCCUGAUGGUCUGUGUGCACAGACUGCAGCCAGUGCUGCCUCUGCAGACCUGGGAGGUGGCUCAGGAAGGGGAUGCUGCAGGACCGCUGCUGGACCACUGCGGGUAGCUCCGACGCUUGCAAAGUGUGGGCCCUGUGUGCGUCGCCAGGCAGGUCAGGAGCACAUGCUCUGCCCGCGGUCCCCACCAACUCCUGGGGUUCUUCCAUUGUCUCCUGUGCUUGAAAUUGGGUCCAUGGCUGUGCAGAUGGAAGGGGGCCUGGUGGCCGGGGAGGUGCAGCUGGGCUGUGUGCUGCCUUGUACAUCCAGUGCUCACCUCAGAGUGUCUCUGGGUAAGGCCUGAGCCUGCUGCUGAAUGUGGCGGGGUGUGCUUGGGCUAAGCUUCAAGGACUUCCUAGGCUUUGGGGACUCUGUCCUUUGGGAAACCCUGCUGUGAUCAUCCAGGGAGUCAGACAGCUUUGAGAACACUCUUCCUGCAGAUGAACUUUUGAAAUACCUGCAACGUUGAAAAGACUCUUUUUCCCCAGACCUUGGUCAGUCUUGGGCUGGCUCCUCCUGCCUUGGGGAGCCCUGGCUGCAGAGCUGUUCCUGGGGAGACCUGGGCUCUCUCCGUGAGACCUGUGGCUGGAGCUUCCUGACUGUAGGGCUUUCUUGCCGAGGCUGAGAGCUUUGAAUCUGUGCUGUUGUAACACCACCUUCAUGUAUUUAUGCCUGCACCCAGUGUUAUUCCCUGUGUGUGUAACUAGUCCUGAACCUGUGUCCAGGGUCAUGAAAGAGGCCAUUGAUAAAUACCUGC